GCCGCCACCAAAGAUGUCAAACGCGGAUGCUGUGCACACUUGGAGCAGUCUCGAGGAACAAGUCGAUGCGCUGGUGCAUGUGACGUUGUCUCUCCUCGACAACAAGCAGGAAUACGUAGUCGUGACGACAUCCACGUUGGAAGGCAACGACUGGAGCAGUUCCGUCCGAUUGCUGGCAUUCGAUCCGUCCACUGGCCACAUCGACCACAUCCAUGCCUUCCGACUGCCCACGACGGCCGGGGCGUUGACAUGGCAUGCCGCAUCCAGCUUGCUCGUCGUUGGCGGUGACGAUGGCGACUUGUACUUUCUCACGUUUGACUGCACGUUGAUGAAAUGGACGCGCGUGUUGCCGCCGCACGCCGACUCGAUUGGCCACGACGACCUCAUCACGAGUGUCGACGCCAGCACGUCCACGUUCGCCAGCGGAAGCUGGGAUCUGGCGGUCAAGCUAUGGGACGUCGAGGCGCUGGCUCUGACGGAGACCUUGCAAGGCCACUGCGACAAAGUGUGGGCGGUGCAGUGGCAGCCCCAGUCGACGUCGGUGCUUGCGUCGGCUUCUCAGGAUCGGACAGUUCGCUUGUGGGAUGUUCGAACGCCAUCCCAAGCGACGACAACGACUGUCUUAUCGACACCGUAUGCGACGCUGUCGCUGACGUGGCAGCCUCACAACGACCAUGGCAUCACCGCAGGACUUGAAGAUGGUUCCAUCUACACGUUUGACAUGCGGUCGCCGCACGCUCCGUCAUCCAUCCUGGCCAACCAACAUGCCGGGUGUGUGUAUGGUGUCAAGUACAACGACGAGGGCACGUCGCUGGCAUCUUACGGAGACGACGCCGCCGUGCAUUUGUACUCGGUUGAGACUGACAAGGUGGCGCAGCUUCCACGGUACUCGUACACGAUGCACACGGAUUAUGUCCGUGGGUUUGCGUGGCUGGGCCAGGCCAAGUGGGCCGUCUCGAGCAGCUUUGACAAGUCGGUCCACUUUUGGCAGCUUUAACUCACGCCGCAUGAAAAAAUAUAUGAGAUACAGUGUCCAUCACCACUAACAAUCAAUGCACUCACGUCGUUUCAACGUCGUUACCGUGUC